AUGUUGAAGUUCGUUCCGUUGCCAGCCCCGCUAGUUAUCAGUCAAGAGAAAGCUAUUUCCAAGACUGUAACCUCAGAACCACUGCCUUGCCGGCGCUGUUUGAAAGAUGGAAAAAGAGGAGAUGAAAUGCUUCUCUUGUCUUACGAUCCUUUCAUUGCCACGUCUCCGUACAGCGGCACAAGUCCAAUUUUCGUCCACAAAAAAUGCGACCAAUACCAAUCAAAUGGCUCGGUGCCUGAACAGCAAUUCAAGCGCACGCUCUCUAUACGAGCAUACGACCAGAACCACAUGAUGGUUGACUUUUGUGUGAUCAAGGGCGAUCUUUUGCAAGAGAGAGCUGAAGAAUUUCUGAGUCAAACCGAUGUGGCUUACCUUCAUAUUCACUACGCGGGACCUGGGUGUUUCGCCGUGCGAGUCGAUCGAGCUGUUGUCUGA